AUGGCUAACAAGAACAUCAGUUUUGAACUUAAAUCUACCCUUAAUGGACAUAAUGGUGCUGUUACUGCACUUGCUAUUGCUACAACUAAAGCUGAUACUCUUGUUUCAGGAUCACGUGAUAAAACUCUUAUGACAUGGAAAAUUGAUACAAACUCAGAAGCACAACCAGAAACUAUUCUUCCAACUAAAUCACUUCAUGGACACAGUCAUUUCAUUAGUGAUCUUGUUCUUUCAAACGAUGGACAAUUUGCUAUUUCAUCAUCAUGGGAUCAUACUUUAAGACUUUGGGAUCUUACUAAAAUGGAAUCAGUUAGAAGAUUUGUUGGACAUGAAGGAGAUGUUAUGUCAGUUGCUUUUUCUGCUGAUAACACUAAAAUCCUUUCUAGUGGACGUGAUAAAACUAUUAAGUUAUGGAAUACUCUUGGUAAAUGUGUUGCAUCUGUUAAAACUGAUUCUCAUUCUGAAUGGGUUUCUUGUGUUAGAUUUGUUCCAAAUGCUAAAGGAAACAAAUUUGUUUCUGCUGGUUGGGAUAAUCAAGUUAAAACAUGGACUCUUGACCAAUCAUGCAAAUUGGAAUCAACUAUCACUCAUCACACUGGAUUUAUUAAUACCGUUGCUUUCUCACCAGAUGGAUCAAUUAUGGCUACUGCUGGUAAAGAUGGUAAUAUUGCUUUCUGGACUCUUAAUAAUGGUACUGGACUUUAUGAAUUCCUUUAUGAUGUUGCUGUUAAUUGCCAAGUUUAUCAAAUUGUCUUUGCUGAAAACCCAGAACAAUACACUCUUCUUGCUGCUACUGAGCUUGGAGUUGUUGCUAUUAAAGAUAAAGAAAUUGUUGGAUUUAUGAAGACAAGUAGUUGUAUGUCUAUUUGUCUCUCUGCUACUAAAGACAUAAUUUUCACAGGACACGUUGAUAACAAGAUCAGAAUGUGGAAAGUUGGUAUUGCUAGUUCUGUUCACGCUUAA